AUGCUGCAGCUCUCGCAUGGUUUGAUUGCCACCGCCGUCGUGCUCACGGUAGUCCUCGCCGUCGUGCUCGCCACUCGCAAGACGAGCGUGCCAACGGUCCGCUGGUAUCUUCCUCUCUUGGGCUCUGCACUCGCUUUUGCAGCCUCGCCCGUCGCCUUUCUGCGAGCAUGCUGCGCGGAGCAUGGAUCGGUUUUUCGCGUGCUAUUGGCCGGUCGAUACAUGACGUUCUUCACGUCGCCAGCGCACGUGACAGUUUUGCUUCAGACAAAGGCGCUCUCGUUCGGGCCCGUGGUGCACGACGUCUGUGUCGCAGCGUUCGGCCACGACUCGGGGUUUCCGCACCCGAGCCAGUGGCACUACCGCCAAGUCCACAGCCUCUUUACACAGCACUUUGUCAACGGCACGGGGCUCUCGGCGCUUGUCGAGGCCAACGUGCUCCAGCAGCGACGUGCGUUGCAGCGACGUCUCGCGGCACCUGGCGCGUCCCAGCUCCACCUCUUUUCGUUCCUGCGCCAAGCGCUCUUUGAGUCGAGCUCGCGGACACUCUUCGGCGACGCGUUCUGCGACCUGCACGCUGAUUUGCUGCACGAUUACGUGGCGUUUGAUGACGCGUUCCCGGUCCUCGCCUCGGGCUACGUACCGACAUGGCUACUGCGCACGGCCCGCGCUGCCGCCAGCACGAUGGCACAAGGCUUUAGUGACGCGAUCGUGGAGCCGAGCCUCAUGCGUGGCUGCUCGCAGUUCAUGCUUGACCGUCUCCAGCUUUUUCGACGCGUGCAGGCCCCGGUGCACAACUGCGCCGGAACCCAACUCGCGCUCUUGUGGGCGACCAACAGCAAUUCGGUGCCGACAGCAUUCUGGACGCUGUACCAUCUCUUGCAUGACGUGGCAGCAUGGGACGCCGUUCUGGCCGAAGUGCACGAGUACUUGCCGUCGACCGCACUCGAGUCCAAGGCAACGUGGUCCAAAGCCGACCUUGACAAAUGCAUCGUCCUUGACAGUGCGAUUGACGAGACACUUCGCCUCGUGUCAGCGUCGCUCCUUCUGCGCGAAGCGACUUGUGAUGUCGAGUUACCCCUCGAGCCGCCCGUGGUGCUGCGCAAAGGCGACCGCGUCGCGAUGGCUCCCUUCCUCCAGCACAUGGACGCGACGUUAUUUCCCGAACCAGAGAUCUUUCGCUUUGACCGGUUUGUUCACGCAACCCAGGCGCAGCGCAGUGCCUUGCGCCCCUUUGGGCUCGGCGCUAGCAUGUGCCCGGGCCGCUUCUUUGCCAAGACGCAGCUCAAGUCGUGCAUUGCGCUGCUCAUGCAGCAUCUCCCGGGCCUCCACUUCGCUUCACUACCAGCGUCGACUGUCGCCAUCAAUCAGACGCGGGUCGGGAUGGGGGUCUACCCGCCAGCCACGGAUACUGUUGUCGUUGUCUUUGACCGCGCCUAG